GAGAGCGGAGGACACUGACAAGCAGUCGUUGCUGCUCAACCACAGAAGCAAUACAUUCUCAGGGAAAACGAUCGUCAGGUGUUUCAAAGAAAAAAUGAACAAUUUUACAUUACGAAAUCUUGGGCUUGUCCUAAUUUUAACAAUCGGAAGUCUGCAUGCGGUUCCAUUAGAUGCAAAUACAGACGCGCAGCAGCCAACGGCGGAGAUCACUGCAGCAGUCGCAAGCGAUGCUGGCGAUGGCACACAGAAUGUGGCACAGGGAAAUCAAACGGAGCUGCAGGCAGCUGCCAGUGAACAAAACACGCAAAAUGUUGCUAUGUUGCAGGCCCCACCGCAGGCAGCCAAUUCGGCCAACAUCGAUCCGUCCAGCGCUGCCACUUCCCUCUACGCCAGUUUUCUCACACCAGAAGCCAUCCGACAGUAUAUGAGUCAGUUCGGUGCCGCCUAUCCCGGUUUCGCGGCUUAUCCGGCACCGAUUGGUUAUGCCGCCGCAGCUGCACCACCUGCACCACCAUCAGCUGCUGGCCCCAUCUAUCCCGGUCCGUAUGUUGUACAGACUGGCUAUGAAGGAUAUUUAGUGCCUAGUACAAGUGGUGCUUUAGCGGAGGGCAGCUCAACUGCACAGUACAAUGGCAACUCGCUGCUCAGUCCUUUGAGUUAUUUGACAAAUCUCUUCUCGGUUAUGAUGAUGUCCGCACUGUUCCGCGUUAUUGCCACUGUUCUAGGAGCUAUUGGUAUGAUAUUCUUUGGUGGCGCUCUAACUAGAUUUAUCUGCAGCUUCACACCGGUUUGUAAUGUCACCAACACUGCUGUGGAAUAUUUGAAGAGUGAGGGUAAUGCAGAACGUGUAGGACGUAUGAUAGCCGAGGGUAUGACGCCGGAACGUGUACGACGUGCUAGUGCAUUCGUGCAGAAUGCGUUAAAGAAAUAUCACGAGCUGCAAAUGUUGGUUGGCAGUGAGGAGAAGGACGACUAAGACUAAACACUAUGAAAGGAAAUUUGAAAGUGAGGCGGUAAAUUUCUUAAAAGUAUUUAUUAAGUUAUCCUUGAACUAAAAAAAAAAAAUAUUUGUUUGUGUAAAUAUUUCAUUUAAAGUCGCAUAAAAUCGUAAUAUUAAACUUAUAUGUAAACAAUUUUAUGGAAACACUGCUGUGGAACUGAUAUUUGACAAUCGAAUUAGUAGUCAAUUGUAAUAAAAAUAUAUGUAUUAUUCCAGCAAAUAAGUUCUUUGUUGAUUUCGACAUAAAACAGCAUAAAAAAAAAAAA